GCGUUAGUUACCUUGUUCUUUUCACUGAGACAUCCAUAAACUGCUGAUUGUGGGGAUGACGCUCUUGCAGUUAACGUAGUAUUUGUCACCAUCUUCACCAGAACUCGUUAUGUUGACCUCUCUUACAGCGCGAGUAUUAUGCAUUCCAUCACGUCUAGUAUCCUGAAUUACAGGACGAUCGGUGGGCGGACGUAUCAUAGCGAGAAGCAUAAUAACUGGUAUUUCGCACCCAACGACGAGCAACAACUCCAGUCUCAGGAUAUCACACAUCACUAUCUCAGCAUGUUGAUAGGAGAUAAACUAUUUCUUGCACCGAUACCAGAUAAUGUGCAGAGGGUGCUGGAUAUUGGAACAGGAACAGGAAUAUGGUCUAUCGUUUUCGCAGAAGUCUAUCAAAACGCCGAAGUAAUAGGAACAGAUCUCUCGCCCACGCAACCACUCUGGGUCCCUCCUAAUGUCAAAUUCGAGCUAGAUGACUGCACUCAACCAUGGACGUGGUCCGAAAAUAGCUUCGACUUUGUGCACAUGAGGUACUUAUUUGGAGCCAUCGCGGACUGGGACGAACUCUUGAAACAAGCGUACCGGGUCGCGCGUCCAGGUAGUUGGGUCCAGAGUUGCGAGGCUGACGUCAAGAUCCGAUGCGACGAUGAUAGCAUUCCUCCUGAAAGUCCUUAUCUGGCGUUUUGGAAUAUGUUGUAUCACGAAUCGCAAGCGAAACUUGGCGUUACGUUCCAGCCUAUUGACGACGAUGUCCAAAGAAAGGCUUUUGAGGGGGCGGGGUUUGAUUGUAUUGAAGUGCGCGAUUUCAAGUUCCCGGUUGGUGGAUGGCCAGCCGAUGAAAAGCUUGCUGAAAUAGGUCGGUACGUCCAAAUGACCAUGCUCAAUGAUGUAGAAGGAUAUACCCUCUUCCUUUGGAAAACAGUUAUGGGCGAGAACACACCAGGAUAUGAAGAAGAACUAGCGAAAAUGAGGAAGGAACUCAAAAGCAAGAAAAGACACGGCUAUAUGAGGUGUCGGUACGUGUUUGGCAGGAAACCAUAUUCAUAAUUGAAAGGAAGAGGAGGAAGAGACUAUCUACUUUCGUAUGAGCGUGUCAGCGGCGAAACCAAGGUUAUACGCGUGGGGAGUAGCCAGUAAUGGGUUGUACAUAUUGGGAAAACGGCGAUGUUUGAGGAUGUAUAAACUUUCGCACGCAUGCAUAGGCGGCCAAGUUAUCUGUUAUUAAGUAGGUAGGGAGAGGAGGAUAUAUCCGUGCGAGAAAGCGUUCUGUUCUUAACUAAGAUCAUGAGAUCAUGAAGAUACAUAUUUCGGGGGUAGGCAUAGAUUGGAGAGGCAACCUCGUGGAAUUCAAUGUUGUAUCUGGGGGAGUGAAACAGAGCGAUAUCUUACUUGGGCUUGCGGUUUGCCAUCAUUAAUGCGGUGUUGAUGAGCGGUUCUCUAAUUGACAUUAGGUAUGGGGGACCCCUUGCUUCAAAAAUAAACAGCUGAUCAUCGAA